AUGAACAGUUCGCAAGAUUUCGUGAGGGCCGUGUCGGACUACAUCACCCGAGAACCAACUUUACUCUCCUUCCGGAAGGGAGAUGUCAUUCGGGUCGUGCACAAGAACACCUACCUCGAGAAAGGCUGGUUGCACGGCGUGAUAAACGGCCAUUCGGGGAUCUUCCCCAAGGAAUACGUGGAACCUGUCAGCAAGGCCGAGGCCAUCCGACUUUCCAGCAUGCAAAGUGAACGGGUCAAGAGGUAUCAAGAAUUAAAUAAUGGUCACGGAUGA